AUGCCUAGAAUUUGGAACCGGAUUGCGGGAGUACAAGAUGAUUUGAAGCUAUUCGAUAUUGAUCUAGAAGAAUUAAUGGUUAAAAAAAUUGGAGCUGGAGAAGAGACCAUGUUUUGGUUGGAUAGAUGGAUUGGAGAUUCGACUCUAAAGACAUCCUUCCCUGAAGCAUACAAACUAGAACGCUACAAACACUGUAAAAUCAGUGAUCGCUUACAAAAUGGUGACUUGAUCUGGGAUUGGAAGUCAGUACCAAGAACUUUGGAGUCGGUUAGUGAGAUUGCUCUGCUUGUCUCCAGAAUUAGUGAUUUCCAAACUGUGCAGGGAAAUGAUAAGUGGGUGUGCACCUUAGCUAGUGAUGGGGUAACCUGUUUCAUGUGGAGGGCAAAAUUGGAAAGAAUCCCAACUGCUUGUGCUCUCCUUAAGCGCGGUAUCCGGAUCACUUCCCCAAUUUGUUCUUAUUGUAAGAAUGCAGAAGAGGAUACAGCCCAUGUACUCUUUCGAUGCUCAAUGGCUGUAAGGGUAUGGGAAUGGGUUCUUAGCUGGUGUGACCUCCAAAAUAUUCACUUUGAAUCCGCUGAAGAGCUGAUGGCAUUCGCAGCGCAGUGGGGAUCAUGUGAGAUGAAAAGGAGAGUUUUAAUUAGUAUUUGCUAUGGGACUACAUGGUUUCUUUGGAAGGCAAGGUGUGAUUGGGUGUUCAAAAAAUUAAGAACAUCCCUUGCCAAAGUGGUUGACUCGAUAAAGUCCACGGUGUUUCUUUGGAUGAAAUAUAGGAGAAAACAUUGCACUUUGCAAUGGAUUGAUUGGUGUAUCAAUCAUUUUAUUUGA